AUGGCUCGGGCACCGGGAGCACUAGUUGCCCUGGGGUUGUUGGGCCUGUGCUGGUCUCUAGCCAUUGCCCACCCUGUUUCUUCGACUGGUGCCUCUGGGCAUGGAGCUGAAGGUGGGACUAGGACCAAGCUGAACCCAGACAUGCUCGAACUCUGCUCAGAUGGCUGGAGCUUUGAUGCCACUACUAUGAGUGAAAAUGGAACCAUGUUGUUUUUUAAAGGGGAGUACGUGUGGAAGGCUCACGAGUGGGACCGGGAGUUGAUCUCAGAGACGUGGAAGACCAGCUCUGUGGAUGCUGCCUUUCGCGUUGGUGGCCACAGUGUCUUCCUGAUCAAGGGUGACAAAGUCUGGGUGUACCCUCCUGAGGAGAAAGAGGAAGAAUAUCCAAAGCUGCUUCAAGAUGUGUUUCCUGGGAUCCCAUUCCCAGUGGACGCCGCUGUGGAGUGCCACCGGGGAGAGUGCAAGGACGAGGGCAUCCUGUUCUUCCAAGGUAACCACACGUGGUUCUGGGACUUGGCUACAAGAACCAAAAAGGAGCGUAACUGGCCUGCCGUUAGGAACUGCUCCUCUGCCAUUCGAUGGCUCGGCCGCUACUUCUGCUUCCAGGGUAACCAAUUCCUGCGCUUCGACCCUGUCACCGGAGGGGUGCUUCCUAGGUACCCUCUGGAUGUCCGAGACUACUUCAUGCCCUGCCCUGGCAGAGGCCACGGAAACAGGAAUAGGACCAACCGUGGAAAUGGUACCCACCAUGGGUACGGGGAGGUGCGCUGCCACCCAGAUGUGGUCUUGUCUGAACUGCUGUCUGACAACCAUGGUGCCACCUACGUCUUCAGUGGGUCCCACUACUGGCGUUUGGACACCAGCAAGGAUGGGUGGCAUAGCUGGCCCAUUGAGCAUCAGUGGCCCCGUGGUCCUUUAACAGUGGAUGCUGCCUUUUCCUGGGAUGAUAAACUCUAUCUUAUCCAGGGUGCUCAGGUGUAUAUCUUCCUGACAAAGGGAGGCUACACCUUAGUAGAUGGUUAUCCAAAACGACUGGAGAAGGAAAUAGGGAGCCCUCCUGGGAUGAGCCUUGAGGCUGUGGAUGCAGCCUUCAUCUGUCCUGGGUCUUCUCGACUCCACAUCAUGGCAGGACGGCAGCUGUGGUGGCUGGACCUGAAGUCAGGAGCUCAAGCCACAUGGACAGAGCUUCCUUGGCCCCAUGAGAAAGUUGAUGGGGCCCUGUGCACGGACAAGUCCCUCGGCCCCAAUUCAUGUUCUGCCAAUGGCUCCGGCUUGUACCUCAUCCAUGGCCCCAAUUUGUACUGCUACAGCAAUGUGGAAGAGCUGAGCGCAGCCAAGGCCCUUCCCCAGCCCCACAGAAUGAACAGCCUCCUGGGCUGCAGGCACUAACAGGGCUUCUGAUGUAAGUCUGGGCCAGAGCCUUCUCCCCAUUUUCCUUACAAUAAAACCAGAGGGCUUCUUGGCUUGAAGCAAGGGGCCCUGGUUGUGAAACAGUCUCAUUUCUUUCUUUGA